AGAAAUGGUAACAAGGAAGUCCCAUGUUACACAGACGACAGAUCUAAACAGGCAUAUACUUAAGCCUCGUGUAACAUUUUUUGAAACGACUGUUCAACUGUUCGUUGUGCAGUCCACCUAGCUAGCGCCUGUUCAGGUCACGUUUUUGUAGUAGUUUUUUAUUAUUUUUUUAAACGAUUUUGAAAGUAAAUCCUACAAUAGGUGAGUGAAUUUGUUUUUUUUGUUGUUUUUUUUCUUUUUUAAAUCAGAUUUGACAUAACUUUUAUUUUUACCUGAAUUCUCACAACGAAACUUGAUCUGAAGGGACAUUCAUAUUGAAAUAAAGUGACUGGCUUCUAUGCAGGAGAUUUUCAAUAUUUAGAACUUAGGAAUCGGAUUCGUAAAAUCAGAGUGUACAUAAUUUUUUAGUCAGGUAUGGAGUAUUUGACAAAUAAACACAGCAGCCGUACUUGUGACACUUAUAGUAGACGUUAGAGGAAAUUCAUAUAAGUCAUUAGAAGGGGGUCAGAAAAUGGGCGGCGGAUGAAUAUGCCUGCCUUUAUCCAUUAAAAACAAUUAACAUUUGGGAAAAUAUUCAGAUUUUAAUAAGGCAAUUUCAUUCCAUAACUUUUAUAUUUUGAGUUUAAAAAAACAACAGAUUUUGUUAAUACGCAGAGCGAAGGAAGAGGCGAAGCAAUGGAGAAGAGUGUCAACAUGCUCCGCAAAGGGCCAAUGAACAAGGCAGACGCCAUGCGAAUACAAGGCAAUAUUGUGUUCAUUGAAAAGAGUGUUGAUGGGAGGGAUCUCACGUCCUCUUUGUAUCAAUGCUUGGUUUGUAUUUCAGCCGUAGAACAAGAUUUGAUUCAACUGCUCGAUAACGUUUUCAUAAAUUGUUUAAAACUAUUCUAAAUAUGAAAUAAUUUCUUAACCAUCUAUUUGUUUAUCAUGAGAAUGGAUUCAAUGACUAUAGACAUCGCCACACUGCUAAGUAACUCUGGUGCAUCCAAUUUAGCUCUCCGCUAAAUAUGGACUGAAAUUGAUUGAAAGAGAUUGAAUGUAACUGAAAUUGAUUGAAACUUGUGAAAGUGUUAGAAAGAUAUUAAAUUUGGUUGAAAGUGAAUGGAAUGGGUUGAAACUGUGUAAAAUUGAUUGAAAGUGAUUUUAAAUGUAAAUUAAAGUGAUUACACGUAAUUAAACAGAAUUCACUAAAUAGACCUCAGUGACUAUCAGUGGGCUCGACCGUCAAUAGAGAGUUUCAAGGCUGCCCUGGCACCCGCUAGGAGCGGAUAGGAUAGCCGCAUCGUUUCCCAAACCAAUACACAUAUGCCAGUACUUUGUUGCAGCAACGUAGUACAUCAGAAUGAGAAUCAUGCUUGUAAUCACUAAAUAGAUUCAGUGAAUCUUCAUGCUUGUAAUCACUAAAUAGAUCUUAGUGAAUCUCCAUGCUUGUAAUCACUAAAUAGCUCUCAGUGAAUCUUCAUGCUUUUAAUCACUAAAUAGAUCUCAGUGAAUACCAUGCUUUUAAUUUUAAUCAUUAAAUAGAUCUCAGUGGAUCUUCAUGCUUCUGUGCUUCUGUAAUCACUAAAUAGAUCUCAGUGAAUCUUCAUGCUUGUAAUCACUAAAUAGAUCUUAGUGAAUCUUCAUACUUGUAAUCACUAAAUAGAUCUUAGUGAAUCUUCAUGCUUGUAAUCACUAAAUCGAUCUCAGUGUAUCUUCAUGCUUUUAAUCACUAAGUAGAUCUCAGUCAAUCUUCGUGCUUGUAAUCACUAAAUAGAUAUCAGUGAAUCUUCAUGAUUUUAUGCUUGUAAUCACUAAAUAGAUAUCAGUGAAUCUUCAUGCUUGUAAUCAGUAAAUAGAUCUCAGUAAAUCCUUAUGCUUGUAAUUACUAAUAUAGACCUUAGUGAAUCUUCAUGCUUGUAAUAACUAAAUAGAUCUCAUCGAAUCUUCGUGCUUCUAUGUUUGUAAUCACUAAAUAGAGCCCAGUGAAUCAUCAUGCUUGUAAUGUAAUCCCUAAAUAGAUCUCUGUGAAGCUUUUUUUUUUUAUUUUCAAUCAAAUUUGUUCACUGACAUUUUCCAAAAUUACUCGCUUAAUUUUUUUUUUAAUAAAACCGACUAGAUGUUGUAGAGAAACGUUGCUUCCAUCAAUGAACCAACGCCAUCAUGAUGCAGACGUCUUAGGCUACUGUAGCACCCUUUGCCUUGUCUCUAACGCCAUCAUGAUGCAGACGUCCUAGACUACUGUAGCACCCUUUGCCUUGGCUCUCUAAACUCGAUACGGACGACUCUCGUAUAUUUAAAUCAAAUAUUUACACACAUUCUUACUAAAAUAAAUGACGCGCUGUUACUGGGAUAAUAUUGAAAAACCUAUUACGCUACUUUCUAUCCGUUAUUGCGAGGUCUCAAUAUUUAAAAAAAUUCCAUUUUUACCUUAAACAAACGGGAUGUUGUGUAAUGUAUCCUCGUACAAUAACCAAAAUUGUCCACGCCCUUGUAAUUUAUAUUUAGGAACCACCCAUUCAGAUUUUUCUUAUUUUUAAACAAGUAUCUAAAUAAAGAUUUCUACGUGCUAACAUCAUUAGGUUUUGAGAUAUGUGCAUCUUCUAUAUAAUAUAGGCACACCCAAAACUUCUUCACACCCUUUAUCUACAACAACAGAUAGCAGAAUUUUUUGAGAUUUUAAGGUGUCUAAAUUAGAUAAUUGUGAAUGUAAAUUGUAAAUGUAAAUGACAAUUCAUUUGCUGUCCAUGGAAAUUACCUCUAAGUUAAGUGCUAUUUUUUAACUGUUUUUUAUGUUGUUUUGUUCGCUGACGAAGGCUUCCUGCCGACACGUUCAUUGUUUUGUUGCGUUCCUUUUUUCAGGUUUAACACUACUUUGUUUUACUCAUUUUUUAAUUAUGAAUGUGUAGCCCAACAUAAAAUACUGCAAUGUAAAACGUAUUAUUUUAGUACAUUUUAAAACCAUGUACAUUUACCCUGCAGAUCAUUGACGGGGAUGAUAAGGAGAGUGUGGAGAGUGAAAAAACAAGACUAAGUCGAAUUCGCAAGUUGCUCAGCAUCAUAUCAAACAGAGGCCCUAAUGCUUAUCGUUGCUUCAUAGAUGCUCUGAUUUCCAAUGGCUAUAGCAAAGUUGCUAAGGUUAUUGAAAGCAGCGAGUCUGAGCAAACAUAUCUUUUAGACGGUAAGAUGGUUUUAAUCUUUAAAUAGCAUCCAUUUGAAGCGUCUAUCAUUCAGACGUGCGGGUAUGAUGUCACAGGAGGGCACUGACGUUUGUCGCACUGUUUAAAAAAAUUUGGAUUUAUUAAGUCCUUGAAGUUUGUCGUACUGUAGCAGUUCGAUUGACAGAUCUAUGCGCAUUUUUACCACGAUGAAGUACGCGGGCUGUAAUGGAUCUCGGAGCGAUAGUCGAAACCUUGAAAUACGACCAGAAGUUAAGCUACUCCUUAACUGAUCUUUAGAUAUUUAUAUCAUUAAAAGGAAUACAAAAGCGUUGUCCUGUUCAGUUAUUUUCAGACGAUAUUCUCAAUUAUUUUUAUUAUAGAUUUCUACUUUCACUUUGAAAAAUCCUUUUCCGGUAUUUAUUGAUACCAUAAUUCCAAGAUGAUACCUUGACAAAAUGUGAUGCCGCUAAAGAUUUUGACUUUCACCGAGUAGGUAUUGUGUUUUUUAAAGCGCUAUACACUAUAAGGCGUGUCCCUUGAAGCAUCAAUGAAUUUAUUUAUUUAAUUUAAUUAUUUUUAUUUUUUUUUGUAAAAGGGAAAAUGAAGGCGAAAAGGGAGCUUAGACCUAAAUUAAAACCCUUUCUAUAGUGUGACCGUAGUUUGUCCCUUGGAGUUAAAGUGUGGUGCAUGCCUUUAGUGUUCCAGUCAAAUCCCUUUUGAGUUGCAGAUACGCCUUAUUUGUCUAGCAGGGCAUUUGGAUCAUGGGGCGGGAUGAUUGCGUAAGGAGUGUUCCCGGGGUAAGGCCAUGACGGCUUGUCCAUUAGCCACGUCUGCGACAUGACGGCUAGUCCAUUCGCCACGUCUGGGAGGCUGGAGGAGGUGGGUUUAAUGCCAUUUCAGUAUCGAAUCUAGUCGCGUCGAAAAAUACCAAACGAAUGAUGAACAUAAAGGUCACAAAAUUAAAAACUUUAAAUGAUUAUGAGUAUUUUAAUUACAAAUAAAUUAUUUUUUAAAAAUAAAAAUUUAAAAAAAAACAUUAAUAGCUCACUUUGUGUAUAUAUUAUUAAAUAUGUGAUGGAUAAAUAAAAUUUAAUUUCUUUGUUUUGUUUUUUUACUUUCCAGUCCAAGAAUUGAAGUUUGCUGUAGAUGCUCAAGGACAACAAAUCAAUCAGCAUGAAGCAGAUAUUGAUGAGCUAAAAGACAGGCAAGUCAGUUAUAAAACUUCCUGCAUGGAACUUAUCUAUCAAGAUAACACGUGCGGAGAACUGAAUGAUGUUACUUAUAUAAAGUUAAGAAAUGAAUGGAACCAAGGCAGCCGUUUCACACAAAAGCUUUAUUAUUAAAUUCUGUUGUACCAAGAAUUACCGGUAUGCAUGGGCGCCCGCAGAAAACUUUCUGGGGGUGGGGGGCGCAAAAAAAUCGAUUAACUUUCUAGGGGGGGGGGGCAAAAAGUUUUAGUAAUGUUUUAAUGUAGUUUUAAUUUACUGUAGCGUAUUUGUAUGGUGAACGAACGGACAGGACAUCUGCUGAGUUACUUUCUCUUGAUUGUCUCUUUACUUUAAUCAAUUUUUUGUUUAUUUUUGUUUUACAAUUUUGUAUCCAAUCAAUCCAAGGGGGGGGGCGCAAGUGCCCCCCUUGCCCCCCCCCCCUGCGGGCACCCAUCCCGGUAUGCCUUAAAUAAUUGAUCAGUUUGUAGACUCUAAUUUUUUGUUUUUUUUUGUUUUCCAAUUUUGUAUCCAAUCAAUCCAAGGGGGGGGGCGCAAGUGCCCCCCUUGCCCCCCCCCCCCUGCGGGCACCCAUGCCGGUAUGCAUUAAAUAAUUGAUCAGUUUGUAGACUCACUCUUAUAAAUAUACAGAAAGAUAACAAUGACUAUGAAGCAAUUUGAUUUAUGGAGAGAAACUUUGAGAAUAAUAUAAAUAAUCUGUUGAAGCUUGACUUUACUUUAUAAUUUUAUACUUUUUUCCCUGCAGAUUAAAUGAUGUUUACCUGAAAGAGAAUUAUGAGGUUUGCAGUAUCAAAUUUUUUAAUGUUUUUGUCAUAUACAUGCUACAGUAAAUUUUUCAGUUCGAUUUGUAAAAUUGGAUUUAUAAAUAUAAGCAGCCGUCCCAAGCCAUGAUGUUUUAAAUUGUGUCUUGAUUGAGGUAACAGUUCAUGUUGUCAUGAAGUCAGUCGCCCAGGCGUCUGACGUUUUGUCAGUAAGUUUGAGUUAUUUAAAUCAUUUCUAUGCAAUGGAAUGAGUGGCGACAAAAAAAUGCAAAAUAACAAUAUUGCCUUGUGGGUUCCAUUAUCUAAAAAAAACCUAAUAGCCUAUCGUUUAUUGAUUUAGAUUUAGAGAGUAACAUUAACAUGAAUCAUAUCUUACAACCCAGUAAAUUGUGUUAGUAUAUGUAUUAUUUGAACUGUGAAAUAGCGUCAUUGAAAUGAAUCAAAUUAUUAAUGACUGAGUCCAUCUGUAGGAAAUAUUGAAAGAAAAGGAGGAAGAAAUGAAACAAAUUAGGAAAAUCCUUGAAGAAAAAGAAAAUGAAUUACAACAACUUCGAAAUGACCUACAAGUCGAAAGGUCAAGGCUGAACGAUGAAAUAGACAGUUUAAAGCGGCAACUACAAGAGACUACAAGACAAUACAAUCUUCAAAAAGGUCAUUUUAUUUUUGCAUUAAAUUGUAUUUCUUUUUAUAAAAUGUGAAUUGAAACCUGGUUCCGAUGUCGACUUAAGUAAAGCAAUUGAGCGUUAUACAAAAUGGCACGCUGAAAACCCUGUGUUUAUGGACGUCAAACAGCACUCACUAAUUCUCUGGUCACAGGUGCAACGAGCCCUAUAAGGAAAUUUAACUUUUCUACGGUGCUUACUCUUACACUAUACAAGAAAUGUACAAAGGUUAAAGUUAAAGGAAACUCUGAAAAAGGACAAUAACAGAAAGUGGACGUUUCAGCUAAAUAGCCUUCUGCAGCAAAAGUAGAUAAAAAAAGAGACAAAAACUCUUAGCUUGUUGUAUAGAUAUGUAGCAUAUAAAAAAGAGACAAACACUCUAAGCUUGUUGUAUGAAAAUGUAGUCUACAAGACAGAGACAAACACUGUUAGCUUGUUGUAUAGAUAAUAUGUAUUCUAUAGGAAAUUUAGGGAUUUUAAUCGAUAAAAUCCAGAAUUUCUAAAUUAUUAUUUAAUAAAUAUUUUUUUAAAAAUAAGACGUUAAAGUAAUUAGCACACAAAAAUAUUAUAAAAUAGUUACUUGUGUAAUCUAAAGUAAGUGUAAUGAAGUUUUCAAAAUAAGAGAGAAAGAAUAAGCUCUAACGUUAAUUUGGCCAGUACCAGUAUACAAACGAACAAAACCAGUGAAUAAUUAUGAAUGUUCAUUUAGAGGAGCCCAGUUGCAAAUGGCACUAAGUCCUUUUUUUUUUUUGAAAAAAAUUAGUUAGUGCCCUUUUCUUAAUUUAUUGUUAAAAAUACACAUUUUGAAUUUCUCAUCUUAACAUUCAGAAGGCUCUAAAUGCAUUUAUUUUAAAUAGAAACUGUACAGCAACCUUCAAAAUGCUAGUUAAGUUGUAACACAAAAUUCACUUUCCUGAAAAAUAAGUUUGGUUGGACUUAGUACCUUUUGCAAGAGGGCUCCUCAUUUGUUAGUCGUCAUACUGAACAAAAAGUUGCCUCUAACCCAAAGUGAUGGAGACAUCAAUAGAUCGUUUUAAAAGAGGGGGUGUGGGCAAAUCUCCCUGGACUUAACUUUGGCACGAUCCACUGAUGAUCAGCUAGCUACAUGCAUAUGAUGAAAAUGAUGACAAAAGUUUUGACUAUAACAGUUCAUUACGUUAUUUUUUUUUCUCCAAAUGAAUACUACAGGUGAAAUUGUAAGACUAAUCUCCGAAAUGGAAGCUUUGAAAAAGUCAAACAAACGGGAAAAAGGUAACUGACUAGUUUAUUUCAUACUAUAAAUUUCUCACAAAUAGUAGUCAAGACUCAAGAGCACUGCGUUUUAUAUAGUGCUGUGACUCAUGUUGGCUGAGCAGUUUAGCCAGAUGGUUCUCAACUUUUAUUUUAAAUUAUGGACCACUUGCAUAACAUAUAAUAUUUCAAUGUCAGGCAAAGAUUGUUUAAAAAUUCAAGGCAUUCACAUUUUACCAAAAUAACUUUUUAUAUCACUGUCUGUGAAGAUAUAACCUAUUAUGACAACUUGUCAUACACCAAUAUUUAAAAUAAUUCGAUUAAAAUUAAAAUUGAAGAUGUAUCAGCUGUUACUCGGGCAGACUACCGGAGUGUGCGUCGUGGAAAGACAGAGGUUCGGUGAACACCGAUUGAGAACAUUGGUUCAGAACCUUUUUUUUUUUUUUUAGAACUUUUAUGUCAACAAUGAAGCUUAACAAUGAACCUGGCAAACCCAUAAUAUGAUUUGCAUCAUGUUUUUGAAGAUUGUACUUUGCUGUAUAAAUAAGAUGUUAAACGAGAUUGAGGAUUAGAGAGGGUGAGAAAGUGAGAAGCGACAGAAUGUGGGGGGGGGGGGGGAGAGGGGGGGGUGGGGAGAAAAGGGCAUAUAUCGAUGUCCGGUUCAAACUUUAAAAAGUCAAUCAAUUUAUAUUUUAACAGAGAAGGUAGACACAAAAAUGAUGGAGAUGGACGCAAAAAUGGCAGAAAUGCAAAAACUUAUCAAGGUAAGAUUUCUAAGUUUCUCAUUUAAAAAAUGGUAACUUUAGACGAGAUUUUAAUUUUUAAAGGUAAUAAUUCAUAAAAAUAGACCGCUGAAGAAGUAUAACAGAAGCAAGAUAUUCAAACGGGAUAAAUCGGUAAUCCAAUUUCUUCCCAGAACAUGGUACCCCGUCAAGUAGGGCUGCUCGAGCCAUUCACCUAUAUCACACAAAUAGCGUGAUCAAGCUAAACAUUAAAAACUUAAUUAACGCUGGAUCUUUGUGGGAGAACCUUACAGGAAAUAUGGGACAAAUAGAAACAAAGAUAUAUUUGAUUUUAAGUCAUUAAAAAAUAUAAACUUACACUUCAUUAUUUGAAUACAUUUUUUUUAUCUUUUAUAUUAACUUCGCGUUUGUUCGUGUUUCUUUCUUUCUUUCUUUGAGGCGGCACAAUCUUAGUAAGGCCAGUUGCCCACUUUCGUCAUCCUAUCAAGCUGAAAGUUGGCACAUAGACUCGUUGCACUUGUCAGCAUUGUCCAUCAAAUUUUCAGCCCAACCCCCCCCCCCCCCUGUCAACUCCUAUAACGUCUUCUUGGAUUGAUUACAUUCGUCAGUUCUUUCACACGUUGAAGCGUCGUACUAUUCUCACUAUCAAUUAACAAACUCAACUCCUUUUCAUAAUAACUAUAACUUUAAUAUCUAAGUAAAUAUAAUAAACAUCCUAUCACUCCAAGGUUCCACUCAAGACUGCCGCACUACUAAAACAUACGUCACAACACUGCAUAGACAAUACGUCACGACUCAGCAUAAAAAUACGCCAUAAAGACAAUGGCGGGAAGAGCGUUCACUAACUAUAAUAGUCAAGCGCGGGAAAAGCAUUCAACAACUAAUGAACAUAAUAUUGAGUCGCAACAAUUACUAAUGAACGCUCAUACUCGACAUAUCCCCCCUCUUUCAUUUCAGAUUUCACUCAGGGAGUGAAAUCGUCACCAGACUUACAAAAUUUACAUGAAUUACAUCAAGAAGAGACCUUCAGCCAUAUGAAUGGUCCUUAUCAAAAAACAUUAUUUAGGUAUCACUGAAAAUCAAACAGAUUUAUGAUAUACUGCAAUGAAAUAAACAAUCCUUCGUACAUAAUUUUAAAUGCAAUUCAAGAGUUAAUUCAUGUACGAAAAUAAAAAUCAGACCAUUGAAAUUGAAUGUCAACAUUAAUUUUCAUUUUUCAUUCCAAUAAAAAUAAUUAUAUUUUUAUCUAAAAAAUCAGGCCAAAUACAUCAAUAUCCUUACUGAAUUUGAAACUAUAACUAAGUUAAUCCAAAUCAUAUCAUCAAGAAGGUGUAUUUUUAAACAAAACCAAUGGCCAUCACUAUAAAAACACAAAACUAUCUAACAUUAUUACAGGUGAGAGAUGUCUCACCACAAUUUGAGCAGCCUUUAUUUGCUCUUAAAUAACACAGCUACAGAUGGUGGGACAUAUCUUUUGUCCGUGGAUUUCACAACUUUAUGCUUCAACAUGUUAAUUAUAAUUAGAAUUAUCUCUCCCUGUUCUUUUGACCCGUGGUCAGAACUCAUGUGAAAUCUCAGUUUUACAAUACAUAUUUUUAAAUUGUUACAAAAUGAAAAACGAGUCUCAUAAAAAAGAAAUUCAAACAAAUCAGGAACUUCAAGGCAAUCAUGGUAAUAGUUCAUUUUAACAGAUUCAUUUUUUUAACAAUACAAUCAAAAGCCUCACCUCCCAACUCAUGGACCUGACAUCUCACAUCCUUUUGAAAAUCAUAAACAAGUGCACCUUUAGAGCUGGCAGCGCUCUUUUUAACACUUUCAGCAUUAGUUUCCAACUUAUUGUUAGAGCACUCCUGGCUCUCAAAAUCCGGACAACCUUCACUCACAUUACUUGGGAAUUUAUUUUCAUUACAGCUAUCUGUAACAAUAUGCGAAUUUGAGCAGCCCUGGCUCACAUUUACAGGUGAUUCAUUAUCAUUACAGCUAUCCGUAACAAUAUGAAAAUCUGAGCAGCCCUGGCUCACACUACCUAUUGAUUCAUCAUCAAUACAGCUCUCUGUAAUACUAUACAAUUUUGAGCAACCCUUGCUCAUAACAACUUGUGAUACAUUUUCAUUGCAGAUCUCUGCAGUAACAUCAAAACCUGAGCACACCUGGCUCACAUUAUCAACUAAUUCAUAUUCAUUACCAGUACAUAUCUCUGUAAAAAUAUCAACAUUUGAGCAACCUUUGCUCACAUUACACAGUGACUCAUUUACAUCACAAUAAUUAUCAACAACAAUUUUCUCUCCUUCCCCCACCUCAGGGAUUACACUCACCUCAUCAACCUCACACAAAAAAUCAGACACUUUAACUUCAGGACUUACAUUAUCUGAUGGCUCACCAUGAGAUACAACAAAAAUCAUGUCCUCAGACAUUAGAACAGGGUUCUCUUUGCUUUCAAGGCAGCCCGUUCCCAUAACAACCAAUUCAUUACAUGCUGUGGCGCUGGGACAAUCCCCUGCAUACGUCCACCUAAGGUCAUUUCCAAUGACUUCUACCAUAUUAAAUUGUCGUCCCCUUUCUUCUUUACAUUGGACUUCCUGGGAUACACCAACUACUACAACCUCGUUUUGACAUGAAUCUAAAUCUAUAUAUGUACCCUUUGCCACUGGGGGUAUGUCAGCACGGUCAACGUUGUCCCUUUUAACGUCAGCUGACGGAUCAAUUAACAAAUCACUGUCAUUUCUAUUUAAAAAAAUUGAGUCGUCAGCAGAGGCAAUAAUAUCAUUUUGUUCCUCAGUAUCUUUAGCCAUGAACCGUGGUUGCGAGGCCGACUCUUGCCUGUAGUCAGGAUCAUGAGUAUGUCCACCGUUAUCCACAUAUUUGUUUUCACUUACAUUAAUAGAAACUCUAUUAAAAUUUUUAUAGGGAUUCUCACAGUGAAUGCUGGCAAUGCCAUAAUAUAUUUUUUCCCCGUGACUCUCGUCAUCGUCACUGUCGUUAUAAUAAUAUGCCUGUCUAUUUAAAAUAAUUUCCCGUCGUUCUGCCUCUAAUUUCGCACGUCUAAUUUCUUCAUCUAGUUUAUUGGGUUUAUAUUGUCUCUGACUAUCUCGGGUUUCGUACUGUCUCGGUCUGGCUGUAUGUUCUACAUAUCUCUGUCUAUCUCUAGGUUUGUACUGACUCUGUCUAUCUCGGGGUUCGUCGUGCUGUCUCGGUCUGGCUGUAUGUUGUACAUAUCUCUGUCUAUCUCUAGGUUCGUACUGACUCUGUCUAUCUCGGGGUUCGUACUGUCUUGGUCUAGCUGUAUGUUCUACAUAUCUCUGUCUAUCUCUAGGUUCGUACUGCCUCUGUCUAUCUCUAGGUUCGUGCUGUCUCGGUCUGUCUGUAUGUUCUACAUAUCUCUGUUUAGCAAAACUUUCUCGCUCUCUCUGUUUACCUACACGUUGUAGCUCUCUGUAUUUAUCUAUGUGUUCUUGCCAUAUCUGCCUUUCUAUACGUUUCUCCUCUCUCUUUCUAUCUAUACGUUCCUCCUCUCUUUGUUUUUCCCACAUUCCCAUUAUAAAUUCCACAAGUUUUUCUGCCUUAUAAGAAAGUAAAAUGCCAACACGCUCAAUUUCUUCUAGGCUCAAUUUCCCAUACUCGACAUAUCCAGCCAUAGCAAUGCAAAUUAAGGGUGAUCAUACAAUAAACAAUAAUUAGGUUUAAGGACCAAUCGCAGUCUGUUUAAACUAACUCUAGCAGAAAUCUAAAUUCUACCCAGGUAAAAAAAAAAAAAUGUAAAUACAAAAGAAAAUUUAUGCCAAAAAUGUUUCAAAACAAUAAAAAUCCAACUUGCCUGGUUCGUGAAAUGUCCUAUAGAAUUUAAAUAUUAUUUAAAACACACACUGGGCUUAAUUAAGUGUCAAUGGUUCUUUACUGUCAAUAGUUCUCUCACAAACUUCAAUUGUCCUAUAUGGCGAUCUUGGGAAACAGUCAUUGAGGUGUGGGUGACCGGGACGGGUCACGGGACAUCGGCAGCUCACUGGACAGAACGUAGGCGAAUCGCCGACACUGGACAGUUCGUGGGUAACUCACCAAAACAGGAUCGGGCAUGUGCAGCUUGAUGCAGGACGGGACGUUGGUGGCUCGUUGAAGCAGGACAGGGCGUUGUUCAGCUGGGUGACCGGACAGGGCCACGGACUUCACAACUCACUGGACACGAAGUUGGUAGCUCACUACCGACAGGACGUAGAUAACUCGAUACAGGGAAAUGCGUAGUUAAUUCACUGGAACUCAACUGGACGUUGUCGACUUGACGAAGGUCAGGGCUGGGUAUUUCACUGGAACUGAACACGAAGUUGGUAGCUCACCGCUGAAAGAACGUAGAUAACUCGAUACGUGGAGGGGCGUAGUUAAUUCACUGCAGCUGAACAAGAGGUUGGUAACUUGAUAACGGGCAUGGCGUAGUUAUUUCACUGGAACUGGACAUUGGCAACUUGAUAACGGGCAGGGCGUAGUUAUUUCACUGGAACUGGACAGGACGUUGGCAACUUGAUAACGGGCAGGGCGUAGUUAUUUCACUGGAACUGGACACGAGGUUAGUAACUUGAUAACGGGCAGGACGUAGUUAUUUCACUGGAACUGGACACGAGGUUAGUAACUUGAUAACGGGCAGGACGUAGUUAUUUCACUGGAACUGGACAGGACGUUGGCAACUUGAUAACGGGCAGGGCGUAGUUAGCCUGUUGCAGGUUAGGACAUAACUAGCCUAAUACAGGACGUAGGUGGUUGAUGGAGUUACUGGCGUAUGCAACUCAUAUAAACUUGACACACGGUGGCAGCGGGGCUCCGACAUUGAAAUACGGGAACAUGCGACGAUGGUUGUAACUUCACUAAAGUUGAAUAAUAAGAAUGUUCUUGUACUUUACCUCAAGUAUGAAAAUAACGAGGUUCACCAAUCCCGGAUGAGAAGCACCCAUGUCAACUCCUAACGUCUUCUUGGAUUGAUUACAUUCGUCAGUUCUUUCAUACGUUGAAGCGUCGUACUAUUCUCACUAUCAAUUAACAAACUCAACUCCUUUUCAUAAUAACUAUAACUUUAAUAUCUAAGUAAAUAUAAUAAACAUCCUAUCACUCCAAGGUUCCACUCAAGACUGCCGUACGACUAAAACAUACGUCACAACACUGCAUAGACAAUACGUCACGACUCAGCAUAAAAAUACGUCAUAAAGACAAUGGCGGGAAGAGCGUUCACUAACUGUAAUAGUCAAGCGCGGGAAAAGCAUUCAACAACUAAUGAACAUAAUAUUGAGUCGCAACAAUUACUAAUGAACGCUCAUACUCGACACCCCCCCCCUCCCAAAAUCGCUUUUGUUCGUGUUUCUUGGUGGCAAAAUCUUUGGAAGGCUAAGUGACUCACUUUCCGUCAUCCUAUCAAGUUGAAACUUGACAAAUAGACUUGUUGCCAAAGACGACAGACUUUGUUUUCAAAUUUUAAAUCCCACUCCCCACAACCAACCUUCCACCCCAAAAAAAAUCUUUUUUCCUAUUUUUUUGAGGAGAUUCUAAUUGACCCACUGAAAGUUGGCACAUAGACUCGUUGCAAAUGAAAACACAUUCGAUCAAAUUUUCAGCCCCACCCCAAUCCCCAAAAAUCUGUUUUUCAAGGGAAGAUGAAUGAAAUAUGAUUUGUUAAAUACGUGCUUGUUUUUGUUGUGAUAAAAUGGGCAGCUUUUGCUUUGUAUUUUUGACGCAUUUGGAUAUGCAGUUGUUGUUUUUUUUAAUGUAUUUUUGAAAGUAAAAAUGAAGGAGAUGUGAAACGUGUUUCCGACUCAAGUUUACCCAUUGACAUAACCACUUCUCAAUAAAUGUUAAAUCAUGUACAAUGAUAGAAAGGCAAACAAAAAUGCCUAUAAAGGAUUUAAACGAAAAACUUUGGUUUCAGUUGUUUGUUUUGUUUUUUAAAUUUUUUAUUUUUUUAACAUCCAUUUUGGUUUGGAGAGAUUGUGGCUUUGAUUUGUUGAUGUUACCUAUCGUCAAAAUACAUUGUCCUCUGCUAUUGUUUUUUUUGUGUGGUUUUUUUUCGCGUUUUCAAAGCAUGUUUCAUUUCUAAGAAUCGACGACUGGCUUUGAUUUUAAGAAAAUCCUAGGAGGUCGUCUGACUUAAUGUCAGAAAAGAUUUAGCUCAAAUAAUAAUUUUUUUUUUUUUAAAUAUGAUAUCUUACUGUCUACUUUUUAAGCCAGAAAGACAACACGUUGGUUUAUUUCAUAAGCUUAAGCGUAUCCUAAUUAUUGUUUUCCUUCUACAGAACGUGGAUGAAAGGACAAAACCUAAUAACAGAAACAAGCCUGAGCCCAAAUUCCCUGUCAAUCAGAAUGUAACUUCAGAUAUGCGAUUGCUUUCGGUGCAAGUGUCAAUGCAAGCAAGAAAACAAUUAAAUUUAAAGACCACAGCUGGGAAAAAUUCAAGAUUCAAUUAAAAAUGUCUAUAAUCACAUAGAUUAUAUAUAUUUACAUAUAUUUACA